AUGGCAGAUAAACUCAGUGCCUUAAAAAGGUGGUGGUAUGGAAAAGCAAGUUCGAGUCAGAAAGUAGAGGAAACAACAAGGAAAACAGAAGGUCUGGCGGCUAGGUACAAAGAUGAAUUAACCGAAAAAGGGAUGGAUGGCGUGAAAAAAUUUAUAAGUGAUGACUUAAAAGACUGGCAACGUUAUCCGCUACAUACAGGAGUCACAGGGAAUUCCGGUUCUGGGAAAUCAUCUUUUAUCAAUACAUUAAGAGGUUUGACAGCUCUGGAUGACGGUGCAGCUGCAGUUGGUGUCGAUGAAACCACACAGAAUUGCGCACAAUACGAACAUCCAGAUAACAAGAGCUUUAUUGUUUGGGACCUUCCUGGAGUUGGAACACCUAACUUUCCGAAAGAAAGUUAUUUAGCUCAAGUUGGCUAUGAAAGAUUUGACUUUUUCAUAGUAGUAAGCAAGACCAGAUUUACAGAAAAUGACAUGUGGCUUGCAAAACAGAUAACACAUUCUGGGAAAACAUUUUUCUUUGUUCGAACAAAUAUCGAAGCUGAUGUUGCAAAUGAUAAAAGGACUUCAAAAAAUCACAAUGAAAAUACACUUCUUCGAUCCAUGAAACAAAACGCAGAAGCGAACCUUCAAAAGGGUGGUAUAAACAACCCAAAGGUGUUCCUUAUCGACAACUAUGCUCCGGAGAAAUAUGACUUCGGGAAACUCAACAACGAAUUGCUGGCAUCAUGUGAGGGUUUGAAGAAAGAUGCUGUUGCGUUAUCUCUCUCAGCAGUAACAGGAGAAGUAAUAGAUGAGAAGAAAAGAGUUCUUGAAGGAAGAAUACAUCAAGUUGCUCUUGGUAUAACCACAAGCUCAGAAAAAGAUGAACAGAGAAGAAAAUUUCAAAGUGAAAUAAACUUUUACCUGAAGCAGUUUAAUGUUGAUGGUUCAACACUUUCCGAGAAUAAGGAAAUUUUGUCGAUCAACGAUUUUGAUAUUAAAUCGUUCAGUCUUGUCGUCGAUGGGGCAGAACACGGUCCUGGAACGACUAUAAAAUCGCCGACAGCACUUAGGGCCGAAAUGUCUACAUGGAAGCGCUUUGCUGAUCACUUCACUUGGUCCAAAGAGAAAACUCUACUGUAUGGAUUUUGUCAGAUGGCUUUGCAGAAAAAUCUUGAUAUGCUUCACUCUCAAUCCAAACAGUUCUAUGAUAAAAAAAGGGUCAAAGCAAUGAUCAGUGGUGCUACUUCACAGUAA